AAAGCUUGAGGCAAACAAGGGACUACUAUUAUUGGGUUAAAUAAGCUCUGGGCUAUCUGGGCUGCAACGGAGGAUCUUUAAGAGAAGAGAGGAGGUUCGGGGUGCGCGCCAGCCCUUUCCCGCGCGCUUCAUCCGCGCUUUUCCUCCUCGUCUCUCGCCGCUCUGGGUGCUCCUUCUUCGAAGAAGCGAGGCGCCGCCGUAUCCAUCCCUCCGUGGAAUGAUCAGGCCGGCCGGGGAAAAUGCGACUGCGAGUCGUCGUCCUCUUCACCUAUCCUGAUCAUUUCUUAAUAGGACUGCCACCGACCUUCAAGUCUAUACGUGAACAAUGCUAGCCAGAAAACAAAGUGUCCGAGGAGAACCAAUCCUCGCAGACUAUGGACCUGAUGAAAGCCUUAAUGAAAAUGCUGAUAUCGAGUGGGUUAACAAGGUAUGGGUGCGACGAGUACUGCGUAUGUGUGCGCUUCUGUCCUUGGUUUCUGUCAGCCUCAACACCACACGAACAUUUGAGAAGCACCCACCCCUUGUGUACGUCACCUUCUGCUGGGACAUCUUUGCCACUCUGCUGUUCACAGCAGAGAUGAUUGCCAAGAUGCACAUCCGUGGGCUCAUCACGGGAGAGUCACCCUACCUUAAAGAUCGGUGGUGUCAGUUUGAUGCCACAAUGGUAUUUUUUCUUUGGAUAUCAGUUAUUCUUCAGGUUUUCGAAAUCACGGAAGUGGUUCCCAAGUUCUCCUACCUGUCUAUCCUGCGAGCUCCUCGACCUCUCAUCAUGAUCCGAUUUAUUCGAGUCUUCCUCAAGUUCUCAAUGCCAAAGUCCAGAAUCAACCAAAUUUUCAAGCGAUCAAGCCAGCAGAUAUACAAUGUGACAUUGUUCUUCCUGUUCUUCAUGUCUCUGUAUGGUCUGCUGGGAGUACAGUUUUUUGGCGAGAUGAGCAGCCACUGUGUUAGAAAUGGAACGAUUGCAGAGAGGGUCACGCUGAACGACCUUGCAGUGCCAGACGCCUACUGUUCAAUGGACAAAGAGUCCGGGUAUGAAUGUCCUCAGGGAAUGGUGUGUAUGGAUCUGAAUCUUCCAAAGAGCAUUUCUGGGUUCAAUGGCUUCGACGAUUUCGCCCAUAGUUUUUUUACCGUGUACCAAGCAGCCUCCCCCGAGGGAUGGGCCAUUCUCAUGUACCAGGCCAUGGAUAGUCUUCCAGCGUGGAGAGCCACCUUCUACUUCACCACCAUGAUAUUCUUUCUCGCAUGGUUGGUCAAAAAUGUUUUCAUUGCGGUCAUCACAGAAACAUUCAAUGAGAUUCGAGUACAAUUCCAGCAAAUGUGGGGAGAAAGGGUCCAAAUUCAAACAGAAUCAACACCUCAGGUGCUGAAAGGGGACGACACUGGCUGGAAGCUGGUUACGGUAGACGAGAGCAAAGGCCGUGGCAAAGCUCCGCGAUGCCUUCAAGUGGCCAUCCACUCGGCUGCUUUUCAGGUCAUUGUCAUGAUGGUGAAUGUGGCGAAUGCCUUUGUGGCCGCAAGCAUCUCCUUCGUGCACGACGAGCGACCACGGGAGGACUUUUUCAAGACCUACUACUUUGCCGAGAUUGGUUUUACAAUAUUCUUUGAUUUGGAGGUACUCCUGAAGAUUUGGUGCCUUGGUUUUAAUGGGUACAUUAAACGUUCUCUGCACAAACUCGAGUUCAUCCUUGCCAUUGGGACUACACUGCAUCUCAUGCCCGACUUCUUCACCUCUGAAUUGACUUAUUUUCAGGUUCUGAGGAUUGUCAGACUUAUUAAAGCAUCGCCAGUGCUUGAAGAUUUUGUUUACAAGAUUUUUGGUCCUGGCAAGAAAUUGGGAAGCCUUAUAAUAUUCACCAUGUGUUUAUUGCUGAUUACAUCUAGCAUCAGUAUGCAGCUGUUCUGCUGCCUUUCCGACUUCAUGAAAUUUGAAUCAUUUCCAGAGGCAUUUAUGUCGAUGUUCCAAAUCCUCACCCAGGAAGGCUGGGUUGAGGUGAUGAACGAAACGAUGUUACGAACAAGCAAAACGAUUGGCCCACUUGUGGCCAUUUAUUUUAUCCUGUAUCACCUCUUCGUGUCUUUGAUUGUGCUCAGUCUUUUUGUAGCUGUCAUUCUUGACAACUUGGAAUUAGAUGAAGACAUAAAAAAGCUUAAACAACUUAAAGCAAGAGAACAAAGUGCGGGCAUCACUGAUGGCUUACCUAUACGGCUCCGCUUCUUUGAAAGGUUUGCCGAUAGUCCACAAAUGACCCGACUCCAUAGAGCACCCUCGGAGUUUGGCGUGCCCAAGGUUCGGGAGAGCUUUAUGCGUCAGUUUGCGGAGGAGCUGCCCGAGGAGUGCUCGGAGCUGAAGAAGGCGGCCGCUGCCGAUCUACCCGAGAACCUCGUGACAUACCGCAAAAAGCCACCCAUUCACCUGCUGUCCUCACCGAGCAAGGGCCGCAAUGCCGCCAGUCUACUCAAGAAAGUCAGUGUCACCAGCAUUGUUCUUGACUCCAACAACCAGCGACUAUUGGAUGGGGAAUCUGGACCUGUUCCAACGACUGUCAAAGGUCAAAAGCAGGCCCAGAAACAACCCAUGAGAUUGGAUCGUAGGUUCUCCCGAUCUAGGAGCAUGCGGAGGUCCGUUCGUGGCUCCGUGAAGAUGAAGCAGACCUACGAUCACUUGAAGGAAAACGGAGACAUGGGUUCUGUCAAUGCCGCUACGUCAGGCAGGAGCCUGCACGAUUUUGACAUCAAAAUGCUGCAGCAGAAGCGUCAGCAGGCUGAGAUGAAGAGGAAUCAACGAGAAGAGGACCUCCGCGAAAACCACCCCUACUUUGACACGCCUCUGUUUGUAGUGGGCAGGGAGAGCAAGUUCCGCAAGAUCUGCCAAACCAUCGUGUAUGCCCGCUAUGACCCCCGGUUCAGGGACCCUGUCACCGGACAGGAACGCAAAAUCAAGUACAAGGCCGUGCAUAACCUGCUUGGACUUGUCACAUACCUCGACUGGAUGAUGAUCUUCGUCACCACACUGUCAUGUGUGUCCAUGAUGAUGGAGACACCAACACAGCGAAUUAUGAAUACACCAAUGCUCCAGAUUGCAGAAUAUGUUUUCGUGGUAGCAAUGAGUAUAGAACUGACCCUGAAAACUCUUGCUGAUGGAUUAUUUUUCACACCAAAGGCCCUUAUCAAGGAUAUAGGAGGCAUUGGAGACGUUUUCAUUUUCAUUGUAAGCCUGGUCUUUCUGUGCUGGAUGCCCCAACAAGUCCCACCACAGUCAGGCACUCAGCUGUUGUUGCUGCUCCGCUGUGUGCGGCCACUCAGGAUCUUCAGCCUUGUGCCUCAUAUGCGCAAGGUGGUCUGCGAGCUGUGCCGUGGAUUUAAGGAAAUACUGCUGGUCUCCAUUCUAUUAAUUGUUCUCAUGUUUGUCUUUGCGUGUUAUGGCGUGCACCUGUUUGGUGGCCGAUUGGCACGCUGCAACGAUCCGGAUAUCAAAACAAGGAGGGAGUGCGUUGGGUUUUUUAUGCGCAAGGUUUUUGUUACCAAAAUGAAGCUCCAGCCAGCAGAAAAUGACACCUACCCUGUAAUCCUGGUGCCUCGUGUUUGGGCAAACCCUCGCAGGUUCAACUUUGACAGUAUUGGCAAUGCUAUGCUUGCACUCUUUGAGGUGCUCUCUUUCAAAGGAUGGCUAGACAUUCGUGACGUUCUGCUACACAGGCUGGGGCCAGUUCAUGCCAUCUACAUUCACAUUUUUGUAUUUCUUGGCUGUAUGAUUGGGCUGACACUAUUUGUUGGUGUUGUGAUUGCAAACUACAGUGAAAACAAGGGGACGGCACUUCUGACAGUUGACCAACGCCGCUGGUGUGACCUGAAGAAGCGACUCAAGAUUGCGCAGCCCCUCCACCUGCCACCGCGUCCAGAUCACCACAAGCUGCGCGCCUUCAUCUACGACAUCACCCAGAAUCUGCUUUUCAAAAGAGCCAUUGCCAUGCUUGUAAUGGCCAACAGCAGCCUACUAUGCGUCAGCUGGAAAUCGGAUGAACCUCAUACAAUCCCGCUUGCGACAGUUUCUGCCGGCUUCACAAUAUUAUUUACAGUUGAGGUUACCAUGAAGAACAUUGCUUUCACACCCAGGGGAUACUGGCAAAGCAGGAGAAAUCGAUAUGAUCUGUUCGUCACGUUUCUUGGCGUAAUUUGGGUGAUAAUGCAUUUUAUGAUGAUGAAUGACUUCAGCAACUCAUUUGGAUUCGUUGUAGUUAUAUUACGUUUCUUCACUAUUACUGGUAAACAUGCCACCUUGAAGAUGUUAAUGCUGACUGUGGUGGUUUCUGUGUACAAAAGCUUUUUCAUCAUCAUGGGCAUGUUUCUUCUCAUAUUGUUUUAUGCUUUGACUGGAGUCAUUCUCUUUGGCAAUGUCAAAUUCGGGGAACACAUUGGAAGGCAAGCAAACUUUAAAACAGCCCCUAAUGGAAUGGCUAUGCUAUUCAGGAUAGUCACGGGAGAAGACUGGAACAAAAUCAUGCACGACUGCAUGGUCAGUCCUCCAUACUGCACCCUUGCUGACAACUACUGGGAAACGGACUGUGGGAACUUCACUGGGAGUCUCAUCUUCUUCUGCUCUUUUUACGUCAUUAUUACUUACAUUGUGCUUAAUCUUUUAGUGGCUAUCAUUAUGGAGAACUUUUCCUUGUUUUACUCCAACGAAGAAGAUGCACUUCUCAGCUAUGCAGACAUUCGAAAUUUUCAGAACACGUGGAACAUGGUCGAUAUUCAGCAAAGGGGGUUGAUUCCAAUAAAACGUGUGAAAUUUGUCUUAAGGCUCCUAAAAGGUCGUCUUGAAGUGGAUCCUGAAAAAGACAGGCUACUUUUCAAACACAUGUGCUAUGAAAUGGAGCGCCUCCACAAUGGAGAGGAUGUCACGUUUCAUGAUGUGCUCAACAUGUUGUCGUACCGGUCAGUGGACAUCCGCAAGGCCCUGCAGCUGGAAGAGCUGCUGGCCAGGGAGGAACUGGAGUACCUCAUUGAAGAGGAAGUGGCCAAGCAGACCAUCCGCGAGUGGCUAGACAAGUGCCUACGAAGGAUCAAAGCGCAACGAUUUCAGCAGAAGGAGCAGAACAGCCUGAUCCACAGCCUGCGGGCCACCAACGAGGCCCUGUUUCCAGGGGGUGGAGGUGCAGAGGCAGCACCAAACAAACCCUCCACCUCGGAAGCCCUCAAGGAUGAGGGCAAGGAAGAACCCUCAUCGUCCCUAAGGCUGCGCAAGAAGGGCCUUGGCGGCCGCUCAGACAGCAUCUCCUCGCAGGGAGGCCGCAAAUUUCUCAUUCCUUCUCUCUCGGAAGGCACUAACAGAGUUGAAAAGGAGAGGUUCCAAAUGAAGAAAUGGGCCUCACGCCCAGUUGGCACCAAGGGCUUGCCAGACGUGAGUGAGGGCAGCGAGCUGUCGUCGCCCACGCCUGACGAAGAGGAGAACAACAAUGGGGCCGUGGGCUACCGGGCGCUCCGCAUGAGCUCCCUGGUUGGUGAAGUGCACGACUGGUGGGGCUCCCAGCUUGAGCUGUCGAGCGCCUCCGACUCAGAUGCAUGACGCUGCCCGCCAUCCCCUGCCUACACCGCCUCUUGUGCCACCGCCGAGGCGCGAUCGCGUGACAGCCCUCUCUCUCCCCUCCCCGCAUAGCUUCUCCUAAUGGAGGGGGGCCUGGCAGUAGAUGCUGGCCUUGGCAGGCACUCAUACAGUAUGCAACGGUGCAGUCCCGAUGAGCUUUGAUUCUUGAAGUUGACUCUCGUAAGCUGUUGCCUGCUACCAGCAGUUUGACACCUCUGUUGGAUUUCAGUGAUUUUCACACGUAAUUUAUAGGGAAACGGUGUAUAGUUGUCUUUUUCUUUUUUGCAACCAUACAAUUUCCACACUGCUUGUCAGAACGAGCACACUCCUCCCUAUGUUUUGCAACUGGGCUUUGCAUGCAUUCCUCCCUAUAAAUGCGUUACACAAGAAAGCAAGCAAACCUACUUUCCUCGCGAGACUAGAGAUGCCAAAUAUUUACAGUGUGGUUGUCCGUCUACUGUGAGUGUUAGUGAGGCAGUGCAUUUUAUGCAUUGCAGAUAUGCUUUGCCAUGCAUUGCAGUUGGUUGCUGCCUGCACUGCAUCUACUCAACACAGCCAGGGCAGGUGAUGUGAUAAUGAAGUUUGUUAUCAACCGGUACAGCCCUUUUCAGUCCUGAAGGCAAUACCCAUGUUGUUGGUCCUAAGCACACACACCUGUUUGCAUAGGUCUUUGCAUGUCACAAAAAAUAAAAAAGGCAAUCUGUUAAGCUAUGGUAAAAA